CAGAAAUCGACCGAAAAUAUUUUGCUCCAAUUAGAUGUUCUGUUUUAAGCAUUGAGGAUUUAACUAAAUCAAAUUAGAAAUAUUUUUAAAAUGGGUGAUCGCAGAGUCAGCUACCCUGAAGAUGAUGUUGGGAAACGUGUAGAUCGCUGUUUUACUGAUGCGUUAAUUAAAGGAUCAACCGGUCUAUUGGUGGGAGUCUCUUUUUCUCUACUGCUUCUAAAAAGAAAAACGUGGCCUUUAUUAAUUGGAGCUGGAUUUGGCGUCGGCGUAGCAUUCAAAACUUGCGAAAGACAUUUAAAUGGCUAAAUUAAAAUUAAUAAAAAUAACCUGUUUAAAGAAGAGAA